ACUGGGCCCCACUAAAAGCACGUUUACUCUUGACAGGAAGCCCCACUGGGCUGAACGGGGCUUGCUCCCUGGCAAGGCCGCCGCACAGGACCGUAUCCUCGGCUUGCUGCAGGCACCGGCCGGAUUAACCUUCGGAACCGCCGCCGGGAGCUCAGCCCUCCGGAGGGCGAGGAGGAGGAGGCGCCAAAUGCGACUCUGCUGGGGCCUGAGCUGAGGGAGAGGCUGCCUGCCUGCCUCCUUUUCUCUCGGCCAUGGCGCUGCGCGGAGUGAGGGUGCUGGAAAUGGCGGGCCUGGCGCCGGCGCCUCUCUGCGGCCUCAUCCUGGCCGACUUCGGGGCGGAGGUGGUGCGGGUGGACCGCUCUCCCCGCGCGGCCGUGUCGUCCGACGUGCAGGGCCGCGGCAAGCGCUCCCUGGCGCUCGACCUGAAGCAGCCCCGGGGCGCCGAGACGCUGAGGCGGCUCUGCCAGAAGGCGGAUGUGCUCAUCGAGCCCUUCAGACCAGGUGUCAUGGAAAAACUUGGUCUUGGCCCAGAUAUCGUCCUCCAGGACAAUCCCAAACUCAUCUAUGCUAGGCUGACGGGAUUUGGACAGUUGGGAAAAUAUGCCAAGUUGGCAGGUCAUGAUAUCAACUACUUGGCUGUGUCAGGUGUUUUGUCAAAACUUGGCAGAAAAGAUGAAAAUCCUUAUGCUCCCAUCAAUCUUCUGGCUGAUUUUGCUGGUGGCGGUGUGAUGUGUGCAAUGGGCAUCAUCAUGGCACUCUAUGAACGUACAAAAUCCGGCAAAGGGCAAGUCAUAGAUGCAAGUAUGGUAGAAGGCACAGCGUACCUGAGCUCUUUUCUGUGGAAAUCACAGAGCAUUGGCCUUUGGAACAGAUCUCGUGGGGAGAACCUCCUGGACAGUGGUGCCCCUUUUUAUGAAACCUAUAAGACUAAAGAUGGGAAAUUCAUGGCUGUUGGUGCUCUUGAGCCACAGUUCUAUAAGCAGUUCAUCAGUGGUCUGGGGUUAGAUGAUUCUAAUCUUCCUGGUCAGAUGAGUUUCUCUGACUGGCCUACAAUGAAGAACAUGUUUGCAGAUUUAUUUUCCAAGAAGACCCAAGCAGAAUGGUGUGAAAUCUUCGAUGACGUAGAUGCUUGUGUGACACCAGUCUUGGCUUUUGAUGCUGCUGCCUCACAUCCGCACAACAAAGAACGUGGUUCUUUUCUUAAAAAUGACCAGGAGGAGAUAAGUCCUCGACCGGCUCCACUUCUUUCUCGGACCCCAGCUACUCCUUCUUCCAAAAGGGAUCCAUUUAUAGGAGAGCACACUGAAGAUAUCCUCCUGGACUAUGGCUUUUCCAAGGAAGAAAUUUCACAGCUCCAUUCUCUUCAAGUAAUUGAAUUCAAUAAGCCAAAAUCCAACUUAUAGUAACUUCACAAAUCAAAAGAGUCCCACACACUGUGGCAGGUUAUAUUUUAUCCCAAUUUGUGCAGUAUUCUUAGCAGGGAGACGUGUUUCAAAUUAUCCUUUUCAUUUUCUUUUCAAGAGGAUGCUUUGAACGAUAGUGAAAUUCACAGUAUCAUGCAGCUAGCUAGACUUGGAAGAAGCUCGUUUCCUCCCUUCCUGCCAAUGCCCCUUGAGAGCCAUACAUUUAAGCUGUGAGAAAUGAAGCACUAGCCAGAAAAGAUGUACUCUGAUCCAUGUGGGUCAUCAUGCAGUGCUGGCACUGAGAAUCACACUAUUGCAAAUAAAGGAUCUGCUUGUCCCAGUGUCCUGCAAAGUGUGUGUGUGGGGGGGUAUGUUGGUCUGUGUAUUGACUGCAUGAAGAAAUUAUUAAUGCCAAAUUGAGGCAGAUUUUCCAGCUGUGUAAAGAAUAAAUAGACUUCUUUUUUUAAAAAAACAGAACUGUGCUUCCUUAAAAAUUACACCCUGAAAGUAUUUUCAGAAAUGCCUUAAAGGUUUUUACUCACAAUGCAAGGAUUAAAAAUCUCCAUUGCUUUAUUCAGUAAGCUUAUUCCAGAAAGCAGGUACUGUUAUUUUCAAAGCGAUGUGCCUGUGGAGUAGAGGAAAAGGAGGACAUUAUUCUCUCCGUACAAGAGAGCCUUGGGUGUUUAAGGGAUGUGGGCAUUCAUCAGUUUUUACCUCCUCAAGAUUUUAUGCUUACAUAGAAUAACAAAUGGAGCACAUGAAAAGUAGCUUCCUUUAUGUUAGCAUUUGCUAUAAGAAUAUGAUAGAAUUGUAAUGUGGUUAAGUAAUUAUAUUCUUAUUUUAAUUAAUGAUGCAAGUGAAGGAUUGGAGUUGUGCUAAUCUGGUUUUACCUCUUUGAUUUUGCGUUUGCAAUUUGUUGAGUCAUUUUGUUGUGGUUGAAUGCCAAAACAUGCAUAUUAAAAUUAAUUGAAUGUUCUGUAAGUUAACUAUCAGAAUGUUGCAAUCCUUUAGUCUCUUUUUAAUAUACUGUAAUUAUCUAAAGACAAGUGUUUUUCAUAACAUGUGCAAAUGCCUUUUCUUACAAAUAAAAAUGUAAAAUUAAUCUCCA